AUGAAGCUGUUUGGACAUAAAUCGACGUAUUUGUAUGGAAAGAUACAUGGAAGCAAGUUUAUCACGCCUAUGGAAACAUACAAGAUUGAGAAGCUGACUGUGAGUGCAGGGAUGCAUCCGGUGCGAUACAGAAACAGAGUUGAGAUAUUCUAUGUUGAACCGAUAUUCAACAGUUAUUUGGUUUCAAAAGAAGAGAGUGUAUGUGUUCUAUUUUCUGUAGACGGGAAGGUAACGAUAACGCGAGAUGAUGUUUCAGAAGGCGUGCUUUACACGUUCAAAAUCCUGAAAGAAACAGAUGAUUUGAGAGAAGCAGAGAUAUACAAGUUUAAUGCAUUGCAUCCCGGAUUCAGGACACAGGGCGAAGUGAAAUGGAAGAAUGAUGAGAAUGGAAAGAUGAGAUGCUUUGUGGACACGAAGUACGGAGAGGGAUUCUUGGUACUACAGAAUAACAGUGGAAAUAGGAAUGUAGAAGUUGUGCUAUUCAAAAAGGAUCGCCAUCUUCAUUUUGUGCAGGUUGGAGAUCCGGUGAGUGGAAUAAUAAGCAUGACUGUAAGUGGAGAGCUGUGCACUGGAAAAUAUCUGGUGAAAGAUCAGAAUGUCAAGGGACUGAUGAUAGGCAAUUUCAAGCAUGCAGUUGGAGAUGUGGUGAGGUGCGUAGUCAAAGAUGUUAAUUUAGGAAAUUAUUUGUUUGAGGAGUAUAUUGAGCUAAAAAUUGGCGACCAGAUUGAAGCGAAAGUCAAACGGUAUGGAAAGAAGAAGAUAUGUGUUGAGUAUAAGGGGAAUGAGGGAUAUAUAGCUGUUAAAGAGGGAAAUCCAAAGAGAUAUGGAGAAGUGAUUAGUGGAAUAAUCUGCGAUUUAAAAAACAAGAUGUUUGUCAUGAAGAUUGAUAUCAAAGAUGACACAAUGAUUAGAGAUAAGCAUAGCAAUAAGUAUGAUAGUAAUGACAAAAUUAUUGAGAAUCAUAAAAAACAGAAAAAACAAGAGAGGAGAGAUAAAGAUAGAACUAAUAUAACAAGAGUUGAUUUAUCGGUUCCGUUUGAUAUUGAAGAUGAAAUGGAACAGGAUGUUGAAAAGAAAGUGAUUGGGGAUUCAAAGACACUGGAGGCAGAAAGGAAGAGAAAGAGUGUGAUCAAUGAAGAUGAUAUUGUGAUGGAGAUCAAAGCGCAUCCAGGCUCAGCGAUGCCUGUUAUUAAGUACAUGCAGUAUAAGAUUGAGAUUGAGGAGCAUGAUGCGCCAAGACAGAUAUUUGAAAAACAUGUUGCAAGGAUGGAGGGAGAUGAAAAGGAUAAGCUGUGCAUUGCUUAUGUGAAUUACCUUGUGUUUGUUAAUGAUGAUGAAUGGAUAAAGACUGUUCGUAGGCUUUCUAAGAUAUGCAACCCGAAGUUUCUGGAGGUUGUGUCAUUGAAUACAGAUGAUGAGGAUGUUCUGAAGCUUUAUUUUGACACAGAUGCGAGUAGAAAGUCAUUUGGAAUGUACUUGGAGAAGCUAUUUAAGGAGAACGAGAAUAAUGCAAUUGCAUUUGUAGAAAGUCAUUUGGAAUUCCUGUCAACAUCGAUUGAUCUGGUAUACAAAUACUGCAAUAAUCCAAGGAUGAUUGUGGAGAGACUUAUUACGGAUAAGAAGGAUGCAUGGAUUGCAUACAUCAAAAAUGAGUCUGGAGUGUAUCUAAGGAGCCUUUACAGAAGAGUAGUAGAUAAGAAGUGGAAAGUAAACGAUAUGAAAGAGUUUUACAAGAUGUGGCUCGAGUAUGAGAAAGAAAACGAUGGAAAUGUUGAGGAAGUUAAACUUAGGGCCAAGGAGUAUGUUAAUAAAGUUAAGAAAGAUCAGUGCUAA